AUGGGGGACUUCAAGGAGAAUUCUGGAAAUUUAGGACCUAAUAUUUUAGAAUUCGGCAUGAAGUCCCAAAAAUGCAUGCAACAUCAUAAAAAGAGAAUUCGUUGUAUUUGCAAAUUAAAAGAUGAUAUGUAUGCUUCUUCAGAUGGAACAUAUCUAAUGAUUUGGUCGCCUACAAAACUCUAUCACCAAAUGUUUCUAUCAUGUAUUGGGCUCGGAUACAUACCAGAAUUUAAUCAAAUUAUUGCAUACGUCGAAAAUUCAACUCAAUUACACUUCAUCAAAGUAAAACCACCAUACAAACUUGUUGUACACAAUCUGCCAUUCUCAAAUAAGAUCAUCACCAAUUUAUUUUACUUUCCAAAAUCAUCUACGUUAAUUACUUCAGGUCAAGGAGUGAUGUUUACAAAAGUUGUUUCUCCAUUCUCUGUUUCACACUCUACGCCUCAACCAGAAACAUUUGAAUUUACGAAAAUCUGCGAAAAGUACGAAUCAGAAUUAUUUUCAAUAAAAAGACAUCCAAUUCCGAUAUUUUCUUUAGAAUACAUAAUAGUAUGGCUAGGUAAUUCAAUUUACAUCCAUAAUUAUGAUGGAGAACUGAUAAAUAGUCUAAUAAAUAUUACAACAACUCCAAUUUCAUACGUUUCAUAUUAUCCAGACUCAGAUCUAAUAGCAUUAGCUGAAGAAAACGGAAACACAACAAUCACACAGUCAAAAUACUCAGUUGUAACAGGUUCUUCCAAAUAUCACAUUAUAGAUUCAACAAUUAUAUAUUGUUGCAUGUUUGAUAAGAAUAUGAUCGUUUGUGUAUCGUGUACAGGAUUGAUUGUGAUAUACUGCAUUAGAAGUUUAUCAGUUAUUGCUCAAUAUCAAAUUGAUGACGUUCCUCGUCAAGUUUUUUCUUUUGGAAACAUAUUGUUUAUACUAACAAAUCUGAAUGUUAUACUAUAUGAUAUUAAUAUAUUCAUAAAAUCCUACUUUUCUGGCUCAUCUUGGACAGUUAACCUUCAAAGAAAGCCAUCGUUAAGUGAAUCAGCUUGCAUUAUAAAUUUUACAAUAGAUGGAGCAUUUUCUAUAUUUGAUCCAGUUGAAAAAUCAUCAGUUUUUGGAAUUGAAUCAAAAGAUUAUGCAAAACCUAUCGAGAAAUACAUAUAUUUUCGCGAUGUUUUAAUAGAUGGAAAGGAUUAUAUUAAAUCAGACAAAGUAGAAAAGUUCCUUUUCCUAAUAAAUGAAAAUCUGAUCACAGUCUCAAGUUCUUCUGAGAAAAUCUCAAAUGAAAAGGUUUUAGAAAUGUUCAACUCUACAAUCAAAAGAGAUUUGUCUGAAUACAAGUUUGAUUUUUUACAAAUUCCUCCAAAUAAAAAUGCUGCAUUAGUUCAAAUUUCAGAGAAUGAAGCAAUGAUCAUCCAGAAGACAUCACAUUGCCAUAUAUUCGAUAUCAAUACAAAUGAAAUCACAGAAAAUUUAUAUCUUGGAAUUAAUGAAUUAGUUACUGCAACAGCAUGCUAUAAUCUUAAUAUUAUUAUCAUUGCAACACGUAGAGAGUUGUAUUUAUUUGAUAUUAAGACAAGAAGAGUUCUCCAACAUAAAGUUGCUCCAAAUAUUAUAAAUCUUUUGAUGAUUGAUCAAGAUACAAUGGUAUGUGCAUUAUCAGAUGCAACAUUAGAGAUAAGGACAGUACCACAAUUAGAUGUAAUUAAUAAAAUCAAUCCUCACACCGCAAUUAGUGAUUUAUCAGAAAAAAUCGAGAUAUUAAAGAUAGAUUAUUGUCCAACUAGAAAUGCAAUACUAUGUUUCUUAUCAAAUGGAGAAAUAUACGUAUAUUCAGAGUCUUUCGAUUUAAUUUCAAUGUUUUCAUUUCCAUUUCAAGUUACAGCAGCUGCGUUUUUUGAUGGAGAAGGAACAAUUAUUAUAAGUGCAUUUGAAUCCCUCUUCUUAAUCGACUCAUCUCAUGUUUUUAAUUCAGAAUUACCAAAAAUUAAAACAGAUUUAGAUCAUUUUGACCUCAGAAAGAACAAAAUCAUAGAAAAAGAACUCAAGGAAGAACAUAAAAAGAGAAAGGAGAAGAUAAAUGAUUCACAAUAUACAAGUAAAACGUUUCAACUUGUAAAAUCAAAGAAAGUUGAUGAUUUUAAAGAGGAAAACAAGAGACAAGUUCAUAACACAAAGAGUCAAUACUUUGUCAACAUUGUUUAUAAUCCAUUUGAUGAAUUAGUUGUAGAUCAGGAUGAUUUUCCAAAAAGUUUCUUUGUUGAAUCAAGGAAAUGGGAUGGAACAUGGAAACCUAAGCCGAAACAAACAUACAUCACUGCAUCACCAAGUUUCAACAGCAUUACAUAUCAUGGUGUAAGUGUUUUAUCAAAUGAAUCAGAACAAACACAAGGAAGCAGGAAAUCAAGAAAAUUUGGUGUUCCACAAGCAGGAAGCAACUUAGUUUUUCCGAAAGCAUUUCUUCUUAAUGAUGGACCAGUUAUUAAAUCAUUCAAUUCACAAACUGGUCUUAAAUUACUCAAGAGUGAACCAUUAAAUCCAGAAGACGUCAAUGAAAGAAGGAAAGCGGCUUUUCAAAUGUUUGAUAGUAAUAAUAAACAAGGAGAAUUAGAUUCAUCUAGAUCGAAGAAGAGUAAUAAGAAGUCUAAGAAGAAAGGAAGGAAACAGUCAAAAUCUGUUGAUGUAAAUAAUAAAACAGAAACAAAUCAAAAACAAGUUGAUGAACCUCAGUCAGAUACCGGAGAUUCAAUUCGAAGAAGAAUUUCAAGGAAGAAUAAUGAUAAUUCAGGAAGAAAGAGUCUUAAAAAGUCACCAAGAAAUAAAUUCCUUAAAAAUGCCAAGAAAAGAAAAGAAGAAGAAACAUCUCUCAGUCCUCAAAGUAUUGAUCAACUUAAUAAUAAUAAAGAAGAAGGGAAUACAACAAUUUCCAAAGUUGAAACAAAUGCAGAUGAUGGUUUCUUAACAACACAAGGAUCUUCAUUAAUUAACUAUGAACAUCCAGUUCGUCCACCAGAACUAACAGAUGUUGAUAUACAGUGUAAUGAAGAUGAGAUUAAAAGUGCUCGAAGAUCAAGAAAAUCAAGACGAUCUUCAUCAGUAUCAAAUUCAUCAAAGAGUAGUUCAACAUCAAACAAGUCAAGGAGAAACUCAGUAUCAAAUACAUCAAGAGCUAGUUCUACAUCAAUAAAGAAUUCUCUUCUUCCUAAAGGAAGAUUGGAUCAAAGCUCAAGGAAAUCCGAGAAUUCUCCUGAUGUUAAUCUUUAUCUUCCAUCUGAUAAACACAAAGCGUUCAGUACAUAUUCAAAGGUGAAAGUUAAGAAGACAUCAUCACGAGCAUCAUCAGUAGAACCUCCCCCAAGACCAAAUUAUCCACUUCUUAGAAUAAUGAAUUUUGGACCUCAUGAAGAAAUGAAACCAAUACCAGUUAAAUUACUUGACGAACGAACACAACGAAUGCUCAAGAUAUUAGAAGUUCGCUCACCAAUGAGAAAAGUUAAGAUUGCUGAUCACACUGAGCAAGUUAUGAAGCGUAUAAGAGAUGAAAUUGCUAAUUUUAAUUUUUAA